AUGGCAAACAGCGUGGCUUUCGUAGCGCCUGCCCUCCAAGAAGCGGGGGUUGCAAGGCAGAUUCACACUGCACCGGUCUCUCCGAGCCCCAAAGCUUCCAGCACUGGCUAUGCUGGCCCCGCCGUGGCCUCGGUGGCUGUGGCUCUGGCUGCACGCACCGUCGGCCGCCAGCGCCGUCGCACAUCGGCACGGCAGCAGGUGGCGAUGCGUGCCUCAACCCUGGACCAGCUGAAGCAGGUGGGCGGCCGGGAAGGCAGCAUUCCUCUGACCAAGUAUCGCAAUAUCGGGAUCAUGGCCCACAUCGAUGCUGGAAAGACCACGACGACGGAGCGCAUCCUGUACUACACAGGUCGCGAGAAGAACAUCGGUGAAGUGCACGAAGGGCAGGCCACCAUGGACUGGAUGGAGCAGGAGCAGGAGCGAGGAAUCACCAUCACCAGCGCAGCAACCACGGCUUUCUGGGAUGGACACCGAAUCAACAUCGUGGACACACCAGGUCACGUGGACUUCACCCUGGAGGUGGAACGAUCUCUCCGAGUGCUCGACGGUGCCGUGGCUGUUUUCGACGGUGUGGCAGGCGUCGAGCCGCAGAGCGAGACCGUUUGGCGCCAGGCCGACAAGUACAAGGUGCCGCGGAUGUGCUUUGUGAACAAGAUGGACCGCGAGGGCGCGGACUUCUUCAAGGAUGUGCAAAUGAUGGUGGACCAGCUCGGCACAAAUCCUGUCCCCAUCCAGCUUCCCAUCGGAAAGGGUGCCAGCUUCAAGGGUGUCUUCGAUCUGGUGGAGAUGAAAUCAAUGAUCUGGACUGGUGGGGAGCUCGGCGCAAAGUUUGACGUGACAGAUGAGAUCCCGGAGGGCAUGGAGGAAGAAGUGGAGAAGUGGCGUGAGAACCUCAUUGAGAAGGCUGUGGAGCAGGACGAAGAGGUUCUGGAGGCUUACCUCGAGUCUGGUGAGCCACCAUCUCUGGAAGAUCUCAAGAAGUGCAUCCGCAAAGGAACCCUGUCAUUUAGCCUGGUCCCAGUGCUUUGCGGAACCGCCUUCAAGAACAAGGGUGUGCAGCCCCUGCUGGAUGCCGUCUGCGACUACCUUCCAUCACCAGAGGAGGAGAUCGAGCGCAAGAACGAGCCAGAGGAGAAGCUCUCCGGCUUGGCCUUCAAGGUGGCGGCGGACCCUUACAUCGGCACCCUGACCUUCUACCGCAUUUACUCGGGCAAGGUCAAGAGCGGAGAGAUGGUUUGGAACCCCAGGACUAAGUCCAAGGAGCGCAUGGGCCGCAUGGUUCUCAUGCAUGCCAACAAGCGCGAGGAAAUCAAGGAGGCCCAGGCAGGCGACAUCAUUGCCGUUGUGGGCCUGAAGGACACCACCACAGGUGACACCCUGUGCGCAGUGGACUCCCCCAUCGUGCUGGAGAAGAUGGAAUUCCCGGAGCCCGUGAUUAAGGUCUCCUGUGAGCCGAGCUCGCAGAAGGAUGCGGACAAGAUGGGUGAGGCGCUUGCCAAGCUGGCAGCUGAAGACCCUUCCUUCCGCUUCAGUCGCGACGAGGAGUCCAAUCAAACCGUGAUCGAGGGCAUGGGUGAGCUGCACCUGGAGAUCAUCAUCGACCGCCUCAAGCGCGAGUUCAAGGUGGAAGCCAACAUCGGCAAGCCCCAGGUCGCGUACCGAGAGACGAUCACAGAGCCAGUCGAGCUCUGGUACACCCACAAGAAGCAGACGGGUGGUUCGGGCCAGUAUGCGAAGCUUUGCAUGUCCUUCGAGCCCAACCCUGGUGAGGGCUUCGAGUUCUCCAACGAAAUUAUCGGCGGAACGGUUCCAAAGGAGUACGUGCCGGCAGUGAUCAAGGGCACCGAGGGCGAGCUGAUGAACGGCAUCCGCAUGGGCUUCCCAGUCGUGGACGUCAAGGCCAAACUGAAGGAUGGUGGAUUCCACCCGGUCGACUCUUCCGCUAUUGCUUUCGAGAUUGCAGCCCGGGCAAUCUUCAAGGAGGGAGCCAGCCAGGCAAAGCCCAUUGUCAUGGAGCCGAUCAUGAAGGUCGAGGUCAUCACCCCCGAGGAAUACAUGGGCGGCAUCAUCGGUGAUCUGAACAGCCGUCGAGGCAUCAUCCAGAAUCUCGCGACGCGUGGCAACCUCCACGUUGUGAAUGCAAGCGUGCCAUUGGCAGAGAUGUUCAGCUACAUCGCCGAGUUGCGCAACUUGUCCAAAGGCAGAGCCAACUAUGCGAUGGAGUUCGAGAAGUACGAGUCCGUGCCCGAGAACGUGGCAGAGGUGGACAUGGCAAACAGCGUGGCUUUCGUAGCGCCUGCCCUCCAAGAAGCGGGGGUGGCAAGGCAGAUUCACACUGCACCGGUCUCUCCGAGCCCCAAAGCUUCCAGCACUGGCUAUGCUGGCCCCGCCGUGGCCUCGGUGGCUGUGGCCCUGGCUGCACGCACCGUCGGCCGCCAGCGCCGUCGCACAUCGGCACGGCAGCAGGUGGCGAUGCGUGCCUCAACCCUGGACCAGCUGAAGCAGGUGGGCGGCCGGGAAGGCAGCAUUCCUCUGACCAAGUAUCGCAAUAUCGGGAUCAUGGCCCACAUCGAUGCUGGAAAGACCACGACGACGGAGCGUAUCCUGUACUAUACAGGUCGCGAGAAGAACAUCGGUGAAGUGCACGAAGGGCAGGCCACCAUGGACUGGAUGGAGCAGGAGCAGGAGCGAGGAAUCACCAUCACCAGCGCAGCAACCACGGCUUUCUGGGAUGGACACCGAAUCAACAUCGUGGACACACCAGGUCACGUGGACUUCACCCUGGAGGUGGAACGAUCUCUCCGAGUGCUCGACGGUGCCGUGGCUGUUUUCGACGGUGUGGCAGGCGUCGAGCCGCAGAGCGAGACCGUUUGGCGCCAGGCCGACAAGUACAAGGUGCCGCGGAUGUGCUUUGUGAACAAGAUGGACCGCGAGGGCGCGGACUUCUUCAAGGAUGUGCAAAUGAUGGUGGACCAGCUCGGCACAAAUCCUGUCCCCAUCCAGCUUCCCAUCGGAAAGGGCGCCAGCUUCAAGGGUGUCUUCGAUCUGGUGGAGAUGAAAUCAAUGAUCUGGACUGGUGGGGAGCUCGGCGCAAAGUUUGACGUGACAGAUGAGAUCCCGGAGGGCAUGGAGGAAGAAGUGGAGAAGUGGCGUGAGAACCUCAUUGAGAAGGCUGUGGAGCAGGACGAAGAGGUUCUGGAGGCUUACCUCGAGUCCGGUGAGCCACCAUCUCUGGAAGAUCUCAAGAAGUGCAUCCGCAAAGGAACCCUGUCAUUUAGCCUGGUCCCAGUGCUUUGCGGAACCGCCUUCAAGAACAAGGGUGUGCAGCCCCUGCUGGAUGCCGUCUGCGACUACCUUCCAUCACCAGUCGAUCUUCCCCCGACCAAGGGCAAGAACCCCAAGAACGAGGAGGAGGAGAUCGAGCGCAAGAACGAGCCAGAGGAGAAGCUCUCCGGCUUGGCCUUCAAGGUGGCGGCGGACCCUUACAUCGGCACCCUGACCUUCUACCGCAUUUACUCAGGCAAGGUCAAGAGCGGAGAGAUGGUUUGGAACCCCAGGACUAAGUCCAAGGAGCGCAUGGGCCGCAUGGUUCUCAUGCAUGCCAACAAGCGCGAGGAAAUCAAGGAGGCCCAGGCAGGCGACAUCAUUGCCGUUGUGGGCCUGAAGGACACCACCACAGGUGACACCCUGUGCGCAGUGGACUCCCCCAUCGUGCUGGAGAAGAUGGAAUUCCCGGAGCCCGUGAUUAAGGUCUCCUGUGAGCCGAGCUCGCAGAAGGAUGCGGACAAGAUGGGUGAGGCGCUUGCCAAGCUGGCAGCUGAAGACCCUUCCUUCCGCUUCAGUCGCGACGAGGAGUCCAAUCAAACCGUGAUCGAGGGCAUGGGUGAGCUGCACCUGGAGAUCAUCAUCGACCGCCUCAAGCGCGAGUUCAAGGUGGAAGCCAACAUUGGCAAGCCCCAGGUCGCGUACCGAGAGACGAUCACGGAGCCAGUCGAGCUCUGGUACACCCACAAGAAGCAGACGGGUGGUUCGGGCCAGUAUGCGAAGCUGUGCAUGUCCUUCGAGCCCAACCCUGGUGAGGGCUUCGAGUUCUCCAACGAAAUUAUCGGCGGAACGGUUCCAAAGGAGUACGUGCCGGCAGUGAUCAAGGGCACCGAGGGCGAGCUGAUGAACGGCAUCCGCAUGGGCUUCCCAGUCGUGGACGUCAAGGCCAAACUGAAGGAUGGUGGAUUCCACCCGGUCGACUCUUCCGCUAUUGCUUUCGAGAUUGCAGCCCGGGCAAUCUUCAAGGAGGGAGCCAGCCAGGCAAAGCCCAUCGUCAUGGAGCCGAUCAUGAAGGUCGAGGUCAUCACCCCCGAGGAAUACAUGGGCGGCAUCAUCGGUGAUCUGAACAGCCGUCGAGGCAUCAUCCAGAAUCUCGCGACGCGUGGCAACCUCCACGUUGUGAAUGCAAGCGUGCCAUUGGCAGAGAUGUUCAGCUACAUCGCCGAGUUGCGCAACUUGUCCAAAGGCCGAGCCAACUAUGCGAUGGAGUUCGAGAAGUACGAGUCCGUGCCCGAGAACGUGGCAGAGUCCAUCGCAAGCAAGAGCUGA